UUUCCCGGUUGUCGGAGGUGUGUCCCGGCGCAUUCCCGGUGUGUCCUCCCCGCCCUGGCGGGGACCGACUGCUUCUUCCUGGGCUGUCCCCGGGCAGCCCCCACCGCUCCCGCCCCGACCCUGUCUCGGGGCCGCCAUGCCGGCGGCGGCCGCCCCCCUCAUCAGCUCCGUGCAGAAGCUGGUGCUGUACGAGACCAGGGCUCGGUAUUUUCUAGUUGGAAGUAAUCCUGCGGAAACCAAGUACCGUGUUUUGAAAAUAGAUCGCACUGAACCAAAGGAUUUGGUUAUAAUUGACGAUAAGCAUGUGUAUACACAACAAGAGGUGAGGGAACUUCUUGGACGUUUAGACCUGGGAAACAGAACAAAGAUUGGGCAGAAGGGCUCUUCUGGGUUAUCUCGAGCUGUCUCUGCUUUUGGUAUAGUAGGUUUUGUCCGUUUUUUAGAAGGCUACUACAUCGUGUUGAUAACAAAAAGAAGAAAAAUGGCAGAUAUUGGAGGUCAUGCAAUAUAUAAAAUAGAAGAUACAAAUAUGAUCUAUAUUCCAAACGACUCUGUAAGAGUCACUCAUCCUGAUGAGGCCAGGUAUUUGAGAAUCUUUCAAAAUGUGGACCUUUCUAGCAACUUCUAUUUUAGUUACAGCUAUGAUCUAUCUCACUCCCUUCAGUAUAAUCUUACUAUCCUGAGAAUGCCACUUGAGACAUUAAAAACUGAAACAACCCAGACCCGGCAAGAGAGUUUUGAUAUAUUUGAAGAUGAAGGACUUUCAACACAGGGGGGAAGUGGUGUAUUUGGGAUUUGCAGUAAGCCUUACGAAAAGUAUGUCUGGAAUGGCAAGCUUCUGGAAGCAGUAAGAAAUACUAUUCAUCGUGACUGGCUGCUGUAUAUUAUUCAUGGAUUCUGUGGGCAAUCAAAACUGUUAAUAUAUGGUCGCCCUAUAUAUGUCACUCUGAUAGCCAGAAGAUCAAGCAAAUUUGCUGGAACACGCUUUCUGAAACGAGGAUCAAACUCUGAGGGAGAUGUUGCUAAUGAAGUGGAGACUGAACAAAUACUUUAUGAUGCUUCAGUUAUGUCAUUUUCUGCGGGGAGUUAUUCUUCUUAUGUUCAGGUUCGAGGAUCUGUCCCUCUGUACUGGUCUCAAGAUAUUUCAACUAUGAUGCCUAAGCCACCCAUAACAUUGGACCAAGCAGAUCCUUUUGCACAUGUUGCUGCUCUUCACUUUGAUCAAAUGCUUCAGAGAUUUGGCUCUCCUAUUAUUAUAUUGAAUCUUGUGAAGGAACGUGAAAAAAGAAAGCACGAAAGGAUUCUCAGUGAAGAACUUGUUGCUGCUGUGUCGUAUCUCAACCAGUUUCUACCCCCAGAGCAUGCAAUUAUAUAUAUACCCUGGGAUAUGGCCAAAUACACAAAAAGCAAACUUUGCAAUGUCCUUGACAGACUAAAUGUGAUUGCAGAAAAUGUCGUAAAGAAGACUGGAUUUUUUGUAAAUCGUCCUGAUUCCUACUGCAGUAUCUUGCGUCCGGAUGAGAAGUGGAAUGAACUGGGAGGUUGUGUUGUUUCCACUGGUCGCUUGCAGACUGGAGUUCUCCGGACCAAUUGUGUGGACUGUUUAGAUCGCACUAACACAGCCCAGUUUAUGGUUGGGAAAUGUGCUUUGGCAUACCAACUCUAUUCAUUGGGAUUGAUUGAUAAACCAAAUUUACAAUUUGAUACAGAUGCUGUAAGAUUAUUUGAAGAAUUAUACGAAGAUCACGGAGACACACUUUCUCUGCAAUAUGGAGGCUCUCAGCUUGUGCACAGAGUAAAAACAUAUAGAAAGAUAGCUCCAUGGACUCAGCAUUCCAAAGAUAUUAUGCAAACGCUCUCAAGAUAUUACAGUAAUGCUUUCUCAGAUGCAGACAGGCAAGAUUCUAUCAAUCUCUUUCUGGGAGUAUUCAAGCCUUCAGAAGGAAAACCACAUCUCUGGGAACUUCCUACUGAUUUUUAUUUGCAUCACAAGAACACCCUCAGUCUGUCACAGACCAGGCAAAGCUAUACUUACUGGUGGACCACGGGUGUGCUGAAGCAUUUACCUCUUCCUUUCGAUGAAGUGACAAGUGCUGAAAACAGACGCAAGUUGACAGUGAAGAAGUUCCACAAAUAUGAAGAGGAAAUCGAUAUCCACAAUGAGUUUUUUAGGCCGUAUGAGUUGAGCAGUUUUGAUGAGACCUUUUGCUUGGCAAUGACCAAUUCUGCACGAGAUUUUAUGCCUAAGAACGUGGGAAUUGAUCCCAGUCCAUUUACUGUUCGUAAACCUGAUGAAACUGGAAAAUCUGUAUUGGGGAACAAAAAUAAUAGAGAAGAAACCGUGCUGCAGCGCAAAACAGCUGCUAGUGCUCCUCCACCCCCAAGUGAGGAAGCAGUCUCAAGUAGUUCUGAAGAUGAUUCUGGGACAGAUAAAGAAGAUGAGGGUGCUGUUUCUCAGCGUUCAACUCCAGUAAAGGUGACUGAUACAGGAGACAAUACAAAAAUCACAGAGAAUGUAGAGCAAUCAACAAAAGAUGUGUAUGGAGUCAUUCUUUCAGAUAUUCCUUCAGAAGAUGAUCUCGCAAUAUAUACUAGGUUUGUUCAGCUUGGACAGAGUCAGCAUAAGCAAGACAAGGGCAGCCAGCAAUUUUCCUCAAAACACCACUUGGAUGGGGUUAUAAAUUUAAUACCAAUCUCCUCCUUUUCUCAAGACAAUAUUUACGAAGUCCAGCCUCCAAGAGCUGAUAGGAAAUCAAUAGAGAUUUUUCAUGCGCACAUUCAGGCUGGAAGAGGAAACAUGCAGCCCCUGGGAAAAGAUGACUUCCUCAUGUACAGAGAGUACAUUCGGAACAGAUACAUGUAAAUCUAAGCUGGAUUCUCCCACCAAGUCUACUGUACUGAUAGGUCAUAAGAAUAAUUUUAGAAAGGAGAUCAAGAUUUGUUCUUUUGCAGUAGUGAGUUUAUUAUCUGACUUUUCUAUUUAUUAUUCUUUACUGUUAUCCAUUUAUUAUGUAUUGUGCUUUGGGGAAAAAAGUGGUAUAAUAUUUAACUGUAAGAGAAAGUGCAUUUUAAGAGAUUAAGUGAAUAAUCAGAGCACUUACAGUCACUGAAGAGCAUGUAGCAAUUUAUGGCAAAGAAAAUAUUAUAUCUCUAGUUUUUAUAUUAAUUUUAUUACAUUGUUACGUUUGCUAAUAGAACAGAAAUGAUUUGUACACAAGAAUCAGAAGAGAGUAGUUUUCUUCCUCCUUGUUCUAUGACAACAAACAAUCUUUUAUUACAGCACAAUGUUUUCUGAUAUUUCUUGAGAUUUUUAGUAGUGAGUGGUGGAAUGACUGCUUUUAAUUUGCUGCUGCCUUAAGCAAAAGUGAAAAAUAUUUGGCUGAUGUCAAAAUCAAUAUUUGCAUCAAGACUAAUAAACUUUGUAACCCUAAUAUGGGUCAAAAAUAAUCUCUCUGGUUCUAUAGCUACAGAAUCUGGGCCACAUGCAGGGUGAAGAUGAUUUGUGACUAAUUAUCACAGACUUCAAGUUGAAGUCUGAGGUGAACCAUAUCCUGACUGCAUCUCCAAAUGAAGGAAUGCUCUCCACUUUACUGGGUUUGGACUCUCAGAGGAUGCAAAACCAUCCUGUCAUUUUUCUGUAUGACAGAAAUUGUCAUUUUUGCAGCACACUCUUUCCAUCCCUGUAUUUGUGCUCCUGUGAGAUGCCUUCAGGUUCAAGCCUACAGCCUUCCAGGAAAUAGACUCAUUUGGGCUUGUAAGUAAAACACUUCUCAAGUAAAAAAAAAAGAGAGGGGAGGAGCCUACUAUUUGCAACUGCAAGCUAAAAUUCCCAGCACUUUCUAGCCCUUUGCCUUGAACAACACUGACAGUAUCAGCAGCAUUCCUGACAAACCAGUGUUAUUCCAACAGCUUGUACAGACCAUAUUUCAGAAUUUUCUGGAGUAGCAGAAUAACUGUUUUAGGGAUGUAGCCAACUGCCUGUAGCAGAUGUAGCAAACAUGUUUGUUGUGUUCAUAGUAAAUUGCUUUUCAGGCAGCUGUUGUAGAUUCUUGGCUGCAUGCUGCAAACAUGUUCUGAAUAUGUUUGAAUAUUUUAUGCAGUAAGUUGCACCUCUGUCAGUGAUUCAAUGUAAGAAAAGAUGCAGUGGAUAAAGGGAAAAAAAGUUUCUUGUGAUAGAAGUUUGGGUGUUUCAGGGAAUGACUUGUGUGCAGUCAGUGAGAGAACACAGUACCUUGAGCUACCAAGGCAUUUUGGUGUACAUCCUCUUUUGUUAAUUGAUUAAUAAUACUUUGAGACAAAUUGUUGUAUUUUUGAGAUACAAGAAUGAAAUGUCACUUUAGAUACUACUUGAUUGCACCUGUCAAUGUGUUUUUUCUCUGGAAAAAAAACCUGUACUGAAUUCUUUUGUCCAGUGUGAAAAUAAUUUGAAGGAAUAAAUGCCUGCUUUGCAAAAAUGUA